AUGAACACUCUCAACUAUGAAGAAGCUGUCCACAAGCUCUUGAAGAUCCAGUCAAAGGAAGGAGAAGAGAUCGAGCUCAUUAACAUGAUUAUUGAGUGUUGCUUGCAAGAGCACUCUUACUCCACCUUCUACAGCCUUGUUUGGGAAUGA